AUGAAAAACCCUUUUGCUUCAGAUUCAGAGGCAGGCAAGUUAGCGAGGAAUCAUCAGAAGUUUGGCUAUCCUAAUGGUAUCCUCAUCAACUCUCUUUUCAAAUCGACCAUGGGAGCCAACGCCGAAUUGGCUCCUUAUCUGGCCUUCAAAGGAGUCCCCGAAUUGAACUCGUACACAGAUAUCAUUGUCGCCGACAUUGUCCAUCAUUCAGCGCUGGUUACUUACAGAGGCUUUCACCUGAGUGACGACACCGCCAACACCACAGUUGCUUCUCAGGAUUUUAUUCAGCCAUUGAACGAAGAUCUGAACGAUUUACUUGAGCAGUAUGAGCAUGGAAAUCGCCCUGGCAAGGCUAUCAAUAAACAGGCGCCAAUCGACUGUCUAAAGGAAUAUGCGACAGACACCAGAGUGCAGGACUUCAUCAACAAUGUGGCCAAGUUAUGCACCAAGCCUACCCUGAUUCCAGUGCUAAACAAGCAUAUUACACCUGAAUCAUCUUUUGUUUGGUGCUUUUCGAGGCAUGCUAAUACACCUGAAUCAUCUGAUGACCGAGACUCAUGGAGAGUUGCACCAAAGUCAUUUGUACUUGCCCAUGCAGUUCAGCUCUUGUUAUUUGCUCCUAUGACCUGGGACUCUACUCGGGAGUAUUCCAGAGACAUAACAGCAUACCCUCAUCGCUUUCCAACGCCUCCUACCAUCGGCGGUGGCACCGACAAGUCUGUCGCCAACUUGUUUUCUAUGGAAGAUCUCCACAGAGCCAUCUGUAUGUUCUACCAGUUGAUCAGCCGGCAACUUGGGCGUACAGCAUGGAUUGGACGCACUCCCGGUACUAAUAAGGCCACCACUUUAAGAUUUCCUGGGUAUGUUAACUAUGAUCUUAUGCACUUGGCCGACGUUCCGGAAAAGGAUGAUAAUCCUCUGUCGGUCGCCAGAUUUAGCCAGUGUGGCGAGAUAGGCGGUUCGAUAUGUUCAACUCGAGCGGGGAGAGCCCGGAGGCGUGACUAUGUUCGACACCUUUUGUUUGGUGAUUUUCGAGGCCAACAGGAGGAGGAUAAGCAUCGUGAUGGUCUCCAGCGUCAUGAGGUGCCUCCUGACCCUACUGAGCCACAACCUCUCCAAGGCUUGGAUUGUGUAGAGCUACAUACAGCUCUCUUAGAGUCGGCACAGCCAUUACGCGUCCAGACCUGUCAACAAAGCGAGCAAAUCAGUUUGCAAGACAUUGAGCCUAUCUCAGUUGCGAACUUUCUUGGCGAGAUCAAAGCUCUUAAGCAGCUUCACAACCAACCCGACUUUAAUUCUAUUCUGGAGCGCACUCGGCAAACUAUCACUAACGUGGAGCACUUUAUCCCCGAAGGUGAUAUCAACGAUUUCAUCAAUGGACAAAGCGAAUCCGAUCUGGUCAGGGAAUUUGGUCAGGAACGAGACAGUCGUUUACGCAGUACAUCCCAGUCUGAAUACGCCGAAGAGACCUACCUUCCAGGGAACCCUUUGGAUGACGAGUGUGAUGCUUCAUCUUGUGUCAUGGACUUUUAG